AUGUAUAUCUAUUCCUCGAGGACAAGCACAUGUGGAGAUGCUGUUAUAGGGAGAAUAGGGUUCUCAGCACCCGAGUAUGUGACCACAGGUUAUUUAACAGAGAAGGCUGAUGUUUAUCGUUUUGGAAUGCUUCUACUUGAGCUUUUAGGUGGAAGGAAGCUAAAAAUUGUGGAGCGUAAUAUACCGAAUAUUGAUGAGAAGCACUGUGUUGAAAUAUUCAGUAAUUUUGUGGAUCCAAGAAUGACGAUCGAGGCGGAGCAGUUGAUGGUUGUGGCAACAAUAGUCCUCAGAUGCACCUGUGUUGAUGGAGAAAAGAGGCCCACAAUGAUGGAGGUGGCUACACAUCUCAAGUCAUUCUUAAAUCUUGUUAGCCUAGAGCUUUUGUCUUUUCUGUGUGUAUAUAAAUAA